UUGGUCAACAUUGUCAUGUUUUGAGGGUUAUUUUAUUUUCAAAUUCAGUUUAAAUGUCAAAUGCAUUAAAUAAUAAAUAAUAAAUGUUUUUUAAGUUAAUAUUAUGCAGUUAACUUAUUUUUGUAUAAUGUAAGGUAAAACAUUUGUUGUGUGCAAGAUCUAUGUCGCAAUGAAUUGUAUUCUACCUGGUUUAAAUAUAAAAGUCCUAUCAAAAGCUAUUCACGCCCUAGCUAAAGUAGGGGAUGAUCUCUACCUAGAAGCACACGAAGACAGAUUAACAUUAAUAACGUUAAAUCUAAGAAAAACAAUAUGUGUUCGUUACCAUUUAUUAGACAGCUUUUUCUCCAAUUACGAAGUAAACAAGAACGAACUUAAUGAACAAUGUAGCGCUAUAACUUGUAAAAUUCAUAUGAAAAUUCUUCUACCAUUAUUUAAAGGAGCUCAUCUAGAAAAAAAGUUGGAAUUCAUUAAGUUGGAAUAUGAAAGCGACAGUGAUGUGAUCAUUUUCAAAAUGAAAUUUAAGUGUGAUGAUAUCUUAAUGACGCACAGGUUAAGGUUAAUGGAGACCGAAUCGUUAUCCAUAGAAUUUAAACCGGAUGCUGGUUCCAACAAUAUAUUAGGAUCUAGCUCCUUUUUCAACCAAUUAUUAACAAUGUUCAGCAAUACAGACGAUGAAAUCACUUUUGAGAUUUCCAAAGAAAAAGUGGUGGUGAGGAAUUACAUUGUAGGUGCCACUGUGACAGCUAAUUCCGUAAGAAGUCAGGUAAAUCUAAACCGAUCCGAAUUCUCAAAGUUCGAAAUUAAUAAAGAAACAGCAAUAAAUUUCUGUUUGAGGCCGCUACGUACUGCCAUACAGUUUGCUGAAGGAUUCAACUUGAAUAUCGGCAUCAAUUUUGAAGUUGGCGGCAAGCCACUGACGUUAAUAAUGAAAAAUCCGACAUUUGAAGUAAACUUCAUAGUGGCUACUUUGAAUCCUUACAGUGACCUCCAAAGUUCUAUGGCUACUUCGUCAAUACCCACGAAAAUUACCCAACUCGCCCAUGAAAACAUCAAUCUGUCUUUGGAAGAUCGACAAGCUCUGAACGAAGAGUGGGACGAUUGGGAAAUGGACACGGAAGAAAACAACCCCAAAAGAGCUAAACUUGAUAUGAAUAUAAAAAAAGACAAAAACAGAAAAGGAAAGGGUAAGUGUAAAAAAUUUAACUUACCUUCAGAUCCGGUGCCUAUGGAUGUUGACGGUGAGGAUAUGGAUGUUCUUCCACCUUCUCCCGAAUCGCCAAGGACGAAAAAGGCGAAGUUAGUUUUUGGACGAUGUUUCGAACCUACGUUCACGGAAACCUCUUUCGGUGAGGUGUUAGCUCCAAACUCCGAUUCCGAAUAAAUAUCAUAAAUGGUUAUUUGUAAUGUAAUUUUUUACAUUUAUAAACAAAUAGGUCCAAAGUGAUAAAAUUGUACAGAAUAUAUUUUUUGUUAAUGAAUAAAAGUUUC